AUGGAGGGGAAACCUGUGGGAGAGCCUACUCAAGUGGUGUCUAAAUUCAAACUUCCCACCAAGGCAGAAGGCACAGGGCACUGGCUGGAGGAAGAUCAUGCUCGAAUAUGGGAAGUUUUAAAGACAGAGGAGAGCUCGAUUCAGGACUGGGGUGAAGAGGUAGAGGAAGGAGCUGUUUACCAUGUCACCCUGAAAAGAGUCCAGAUUCAACAGGCUGCCAAUAAAGGAGCAAGAUGGCUAGGGGUGGAAGGGGACCAGCUCCCUCCGGGACACACCGUCAGCCAGUAUGAGACUUGUAAGAUCAGGACCAUAAAAGCCGGCACCUUGGAGAAGCUGGUGGAGAACCUGCUGACAGCAUUCGGGGACAAUGACUUCACCUAUAUCAGCAUCUUCCUGUCAACGUACAGAGGCUUCGCCUCCACCAAAGAAGUGUUGGAACUACUGCUGGACAGGUAUGGAAACCUGACAAGCCCAAACUGUGAAGAAGAUGGGAGCCAAAAUUCACCGGAGUCCAGGACAGUGAUCCGGAAUGCCAUCGCCUCUAUCCUGCGGGCCUGGCUUGACCAAUGUGGAGAGGACUUCCGGGAGCCCCCUCACUUCCCGUGCUUACAGAAACUGCUGGCCUAUCUCAAACGCAUGAUGCCGGGCUCCGAUCCAGAGAGGAGAGCACAGAACCUUCUCGAGCAGUUUCACAAGCAGGAGGUGGAAGCCGACAAUGGGUUUGCCAACACCAUCUCCUGCCGCCUGGAAGAGGAAGAGGAACCGGAGGCCGGAGGGUCUGCAGAAUUCACGUGCUUCUCAGAGGAUCUUGUGGCAGAGCAGCUGACCUACAUGGAUGCACAACUAUUCAAGAAAGUAGUGCCUCACCACUGCCUGGGCUGCAUUUGGUCUCAAAGGGACAAGAAGGAAAACAAACAUUUGGCUCCUACGAUCCGCGCUACCAUCUCUCAGUUUAAUACCCUCACCAAAUGCGUGGUCAGCACAAUCCUGGGGGGCAAAGAACUCAAAACUCAGCAGAGAGCCAGAAUCAUCGAGAAGUGGAUUAACAUCGCUCAUGAAUGUAGGAUCCUGAAGAAUUUCUCUUCCUUGAGGGCCAUCGUCUCGGCACUGCAGUCCAAUUCCAUCUACCGGUUAAAAAAGACGUGGGCUGCUGUCCCAAAAGAGCGAAUGCUAAUGUUUGAAGAACUUUCCGACAUCUUCUCGGACCAUAAUAACCAUUUGACCAGCCGGGAACUGCUGAUGAAGGAAGGAACCUCCAAGUUUGCCAACCUGGACAGCAGUGUAAAAGAAAACCAGAAGCGGACGCAGCGGCGGCUCCAGCUGCAGAAGGACAUGGGGCUGAUGCAGGGCACUGUGCCCUACCUGGGCACCUUCCUGACUGAUCUGACGAUGCUUGACACCGCUCUCCAGGACUAUAUCGAGGGUGGGCUGAUCAACUUUGAGAAAAGGAGAAGGGAAUUUGAAGUGAUUGCCCAAAUAAAGCUCCUACAGUCUGCCUGCAACAGCUACUGCAUGACUCCAGACCAGAAGUUCAUCCAGUGGUUCCAGAGGCAGCGGCUCCUGACAGAGGAGGAGAGCUACGCCCUGUCCUGUGAGGUGGAAGCUGCUCCUGACGCCAGCACCACCUCGCCCAAGCCCCGGAAGAGCAUGGUGAAGAGGCUAAGCCUACUAUUUCUGGGGUCGGACAUCAUGACCAGUACCACUCCCAGCAAAGAGCAGCCCAAGUCCACGGCCAGCGGGAGCUCUGGCGAAAGCAUGGACUCCGUGAGUGUGUCCUCUUGCGAGUCCAACCACUCCGAGGCCGAGGAGGGCUCCAUCACCCCCCUGGACACACCCGAUGAGCCUCAAAAAAAGCUCUCCGAGUCGUCCUCAUCGUGCUCCUCCAUCCAUUCCAUGGACACAAACUCCUCAGGGAUGUCGUCCUUAAUCAACCCCCUCUCCUCCCCUCCGACCUGCAACAACAACCCCAAGAUCCACAAGCGCUCUGUCUCCGUGACCUCCAUUACCUCGACUGUGCUGCCUCCCGUUUACAACCAGCAGAACGAAGACACCUGCAUAAUCCGCAUCAGCGUGGAGGACAACAACGGCAACAUGUACAAGAGCAUCAUGUUGACGAGCCAGGAUAAGACUCCCGCUGUGAUCCAGAGGGCGAUGCUGAAGCACAACCUGGAUGCGGACCCAGCUGAGGAGUACGAGCUGGUGCAGGUCAUCUCGGAGGACAAAGAACUCGUGAUCCCAGACUCUGCAAACGUCUUUUACGCCAUGAACAGCCAAGUGAACUUUGACUUCAUUUUACGCAAAAAGAACUCCACGGAAGACCCAGUGAAACUGCGUAGCCGGACAAGCUUGACCUUGCCCAGGACAGCUAAACGGGGCUGCUGGAGCAACAGACACAGCAAAAUCACCCUCUGA